AUGGCGCGCGCCAAGCUCGCGUUCCUGGCCGCCGCCGCCGCCGUCCUGCUGCUGCUGCUGGCGCCGUCGCGCGCCGUGGCCCGGCACCACCACCGCGCCCCGGCGGUGUCGCCCAACAAAGGCGGCGGCACCCGCGCGGUGAUGACGGUGAACGGGUUCGAGAAGGGCCAGGAAGGCGGCGGCCCCGCGGCGUGCGACGGGCACUACCACAGCAACGGCGACCUGAUCGCGGCGCUGUCCACGGGGUGGUUCGCCGGCGGGCGGCGGUGCCACAAGCCGAUCCGCAUCACCAGCGCGCACAACGGGCGCUCCGUGGUGGCCCGCGUCGUGGACGAGUGCGACUCCCGGCACGGGUGCAGGACCAACGUCGUCGACACGUCCAAGGCCGUCUGGGACGCGCUCGGGCUCGACACCAACGUCGGCGUCGUCCCCGUCACCUGGUCCGACGCCUGA